AUGGAUCGCACUACCUGGCUCGAUGGCCUUCGAGGCAUCGCAGCGGCCAUCGUCGCUACAGAUCACUACUUCAUGGGCGGCGUGCUUGACUCUGCCUUUCUAUCCUUCUGGGCUGACCCGCCGGAGGAAAAUCGCCGUUUAAUUCAACUGCCUCCCAUUCGCCUCCUUUUCGCCGCACAUGCAAUGGUGCCACUUUUCCUAGUAAUUUCGGGAUAUGCCAUAUCUAUCAAUCUUCUCAGAUUGCGGAAAAGCAGCCCUGCCGACUUUGUACGCCGGUUGUCUUCCGCUGUCACCCGACGCAUUUUUCGCAUCUACCUACCCGUCUUUGUUAUCAGUGUGAUUUCACAAUUACUUUACCUUUUUAAUAUUUACAACUGGACCUUCGGCGAUGAUGCUCUAUGGGGUCGGAAGCCCUGGACUGCGCCAUGGCUGCACAUCACAUUUGUCUUUCGCUACAUGAUUGACAACAUGAAUAUCAUCAACUUUCAGGCAAACCCAGGCCUCAAUGGCCAGCUUUGGACCAUGCCUUUUGAGUUCCGAGGGUCUUUGGUUGUCUAUAUCACGGUCCUAGGACUGGCCUUCUGGCGUCCGCAGAUGAGACGUAUUGCGAUUGCAUCGCUGGCCGCAUAUUGGUUCUACUUUGGACAGUGGGACCUAUUUGCUUUCCUGGCCGGUCUCUAUCUUGCCGAAAUGCGCAUUUUGUCCUCGAUUUCAACAGAGGACGAGACCAGUUUGCCUUUAUACAACGAGAAACUCUGGGCAUCGAUCCACUUCAAGGGGAUCAAUCUUGCCAUGAUCCAAACAUUCUUUUGUUUUACAUUUGGUUUUUGGCUGGUUUGUCUUAGUGACGAUGGCUUUUUGCCACCAGGGUAUCAAUUCCUCAGUUUCUUCGAGUCGUCUCGCUGGGAGGGUGACUGGGCGAUAGUGAGCAAAACCUGGAAAACUACAGGCUCAUUGCUGGUCGUUUACGGGAUAAGCAGAUCCCCAGCUCUUCAACGGCCGUUGGAUUCUCGUCCUAUUCAAUACUUGGGCAAGAUCUCGUUCUCUCUUUAUUUGGUCCACCAGUCUGUGUACCAUCUUGUGCGUGACCCCGUCUUGGGCUUUCUGUGGUAUGUGGCUACGAGAGAGUCAUAUCCCGGAACCCCGGAGGCGAGUAAAUACACGGUUCCCUUUGCAUUUUCGUGGAUUGUCGGGUUCGCUAUAAUUUCUGUUAUCAAUUUGUACGUCUCGAGUUUAUUCACAAAGUUCGUCGAUGAACGAUGUGUACAGAUUGCCAAAAGGUUUGAUGGUUGGCUUACACGAUAG